CCGGGCAGGGCCGGCUCCCGAGCCGCCUCAGACGGAGCCAGCCAGCGCGGCCCCCCCCCCCUCCCUUUUCCCCGGUGUCGGCCUCACCAUGAGCAGCGGCAGCGCCGGUUCUUCCCGGCCCCGAACGAGCUCUUUCGCAGACCCGUCCGGAGGGGCUCCCGCUACGGCCCCCACCGCGCCAGGCCCGACCUCGGGGGCAGCGCCUGGGGGCAAACCCGGGGGGGCUGCCGGGCCUGGGCCGGGGGGAGGCGGCUCCAGCUCGACGGUCGCCUUCCCGGGGCUCAAGCUGGGGCGAGAUAGUAGUAAAGUGACCACCGUGGUGGCCACACCCGGCCAGGGUCCUGACCGUCCUCAAGAAGUCUCGUAUUCCGAUAUCAAAGUGAUCGGCAAUGGGUCCUUUGGCGUUGUCUACCAAGCCCGAUUAGCAGACUCUGGCGAGCUGGUGGCUAUCAAGAAAGUAUUACAAGAUAAACGUUUCAAGAACCGGGAGCUGCAGAUCAUGCGGAAGCUGGAUCACUGCAAUAUUGUCCGCCUGCGAUAUUUCUUCUACUCGAGCGGAGAAAAGAAGGAUGAAGUUUACCUUAAUUUAGUCCUGGAUUAUGUGCCCGAAACAGUCUACCGUGUGGCCCGCCACUUCACCAAAGCCAAACAGACCAUCCCUGUCAUCUAUGUGAAGGUAUACAUGUAUCAGUUGUUCCGCAGCCUCGCUUACAUCCAUUCUCAAGGCGUGUGUCAUCGAGACAUCAAACCUCAGAAUCUGUUGGUGGAUCCUGAUACAGCCGUACUGAAGCUUUGCGACUUCGGCAGUGCAAAGCAGCUGGUGCGAGGCGAACCCAAUGUUUCCUACAUCUGUUCUCGCUAUUACCGUGCGCCUGAGCUCAUUUUUGGAGCCACCGAUUACACUUCGAACAUAGAUAUCUGGUCUGCUGGCUGUGUGCUGGCCGAGCUGCUCCUGGGGCAGCCCAUCUUUCCUGGGGACAGUGGAGUGGAUCAGCUAGUGGAGAUCAUCAAGGUGUUGGGAACACCGACGCGAGAACAGAUACGAGAGAUGAAUCCCAACUACACAGAGUUUAAGUUCCCCCAGAUCAAAGCACAUCCAUGGAUAAAGGUGUUUAAGCCUCGCACGCCGCUGGAGGCCAUCUCGCUGUGCAGUCGCCUGCUUGAGUACACCCCAGCCACUCGCCUCUCUCCCCUGGAGGCCUGUGCCAACAGUUUCUUUGACGAGCUGCGCGAGCCCAACGCUCGGUUGCCCAAUGGCCGUGACUUGCCCCCGCUCUUCAACUUCAGCCCUGUGGAGCUCUCCAUCCAGCCAGGUUUGAAUUCCAACCUCAUUCCACCGCACAUCCGGUCCCAGGCGAGCUCAGUCGGGUCUGUGUCUGGCUCUGGAACCUCGCACAGUGAGGGAAGAAUGAACACUGACAGAAGCCAGGUUACACCAGGAGAUGGCGCAGGACCCAUUGCCAAUACGUCCUGAGGGGUCGCUGGGCCCGGGGGGCAGGUCCCCUCCACCACCCCCUACCCCCAGGCCACCCACAUGGACUUCUCUGAACUGUGAAUGGUGGGGGAAAGCAAUCUUGGCCCGGGGACCAGGCGGAGGGGGGAGGCCAAUUGGGGAUGGGAUGGCCACUUGGAUGGGAGGGGGGAGGGGAUUCCCUCAAAGGUUGUCCUCUGAUGCCUUGGCUUGGGGAGGGGGAGAGAACAGAAAAAAUCCCAUGGCUUGAGAGCUCCCUUCUCUGUCAAAAGCGGGUCAGGUUGGUACCUCCGGAGAGGGGGGGGGGGGAAGGACCGGAGAGCUGCUGCCAUCUUCCUCUCCCUCUCCCUCUGGCUAAUCCCAAGUCUGUCCUAAUUGAGUUUUAAGUUGCUCUUGUUUUUAACGCCCCUUGGGGAGGGGGAAAAAUGAUUUUAUUUCCCAGUCUCAUGUCAUUCAUGCUUUCCGAACUCCACCUCUUGUAUAUCCCUUUCCCACGGUUAACGGUUCCUUCUCCGGAUUGCCCUCCACAUCCCAAGACGUGUCUGUCUGUGAAACCCGGAUGCUGUAUUUUUAAGCGGGUCUGUUUUAUAGCCCAAUAACAUUCGGUUUUUUUUGUCCCAUUCCAGCGGGGAAUCAUCCUUCCUCCCCCCCCACACACACCCCUUCCCACCCCUGCAAGCCCCCCCCACCCGCCCACCUGCUCCUUUGCUUGCCAUGCCUCCGCCCCGCAAUCUCUUACCGGGAACAAGCAAGCCCUCUCCCCCUUGCCUUGGAUUGUGAGGGGGGGGCAUGGCCAACCAUUCCUCGCUCCUCCUGCGAUCCCAUCAGAGGUAGCACUGGGAUUUCUUGCAGGGGGGGGGAGGGAGAAAUCCCAUGGGUAUGUGUGCGCAGUUGUGUGUUAUUGCGCGUGUGUGUCUGGAACAAGCUGGUAUUAAGAGCAGGCGGGAAACUAGCAGAAGCUUGCUCUGAAUUCCGUUGCGCCUGCUCCCUAUAGCAGUUUUCCUCCCCCGGUGCUACAAAUCAAAUUUUGUGGAUCUCUUGGGGGGCGUAGGGUUCUCUAAAGGGAAUUGGAGAAGGCAAGUUUUAAUUUAAUGCCUGUUCCCUCCCUGCUGUAAAUACAUAUUUUCCUCAUCUUAAACCCCUUAAAAUGGCUUCCUUUUUCCAUUUUCCCUGUAAAUAGAUUAAUUUUUUUCUUAAUGAAAUGUUGCAAUGAUUGACCCCCCCCCCACCCCCCAACCCAGUUUCCCUUUCCAUUUGCAAAUCAUCUAGGAUUGACGGUUCCCCCUAGGGAGCCAGGGUGCAGCCUGUGGAUAAUUUCCCUCACCCUCAUAUUUAUCCUCAUCACUGCCUUCCUUCCUUCCUUCCUUCCUCCCAACAUUGUGUGUUAGUUUCUUUCUUAGGUUUUUUUUGGCUGUGUACAGACAUCCGGUUCAAUAAAUUAUUGGCAUGAACGGAAGGACUGUCAUGAAGCUCCUUAUUAAUGGGGAGAGGAUCGAAUGAGAUAAUAAUAGGAAGAAAGCCCGAUUUUUUUUUUUUUACAAAAAUCACUGUUGAGGUGUUUGUUUACAACAGCACUGGUGUGUGACUUAUGACCAUUUUUCACACUUAUGACUGUUGCAGCAUCCCCGUAGUCACGUGAUUUACAUUUGGAUGCUUGACAACUGACUUACACUUAUGACGGUUGCAAUGUCCCAGGGUCAUGUGAUCACCUUUUGGGACCUUCUGACAAGCAAUGUUAAUGGGGGAAACCGGGUCCACUUUAACGAUUGUGUUACUAGUUUAAUAACUGCAGUGGUUCACUUAACAAACGUAGCAAGAAAAGCCGUAGAAUGGGGCAAAACUCAUUUCACAAAUGUCUCGCUUAGCAUCAUAAAUUUUGGGCUCAGUUGUGGUUGUUAAGUUGAGGACUAUCUGUACAGAUCUGAGAGGGUGGAAUUGGUUCAGUUGUGUACCAUCCUAGUUUCACUAUUUAAAUCUGAAUGUAAAGGGUUUGGUUUUGUUUUUAAAAAUGAAAAUGGACUCCUUAACGUUGGGAUCAAGGUUUUUGCCGCCCCCAAGCAUUUGUGGUUGACUCUUUUGGGAUUAGAUUAUGGGGAACUAGAGCUCUGUAUUUAUCUUAGGCUCCAGCCUUGUGUUCCUUGUGUUAAUACUGGCUGGCUACUUGAAACGCCGUAAAUUCUCCUAUACACAAUUCAAAUUCACAAAAGAAUGCUCAUGGCAUGUAGAUUGAAUGGCAUAGCUCUACUUUGUUCAAUGUGUAUGAGUAGGGACAUGCACUCUCUCUUAGCAAUGUCAGCUGUCAAGCUUGCUACACCCAAUUGAGAAAAAUAGCCUUUAGCAUUAGCUGAGAACUUGUCCACUGGAUUGUAGCUAGGUGUGCACAAUUAACAAACCGUUACUGCCCCAACCAGGUGGCAUAAUUCUUUGGUUAGUUGUUACACUGGAAUCUUUUCACUGAACGGUGUCGGCUUUGUUUUCCAUCUGCUUUGGUAGUUAAGAUUUGUCUUUUGAGUUUUAUAUUCUAAAAAGGUAAUAUCGUCACAUGAUAACUAACAUGCCUGUUUGCUAACAAUUCCAGAUUCCGCAAAUACUUCAAUGUUUUUUGUGAAGCCAACAUAGUUAAAAGUUUUAGUCCGCUGGAUGAACUCGGAUUGGGUUACAUCAGUCGUGUUAACGUGAUGUCCAAAUACAGCAAAUACAAAACUACCCAGGGGAAUGGUUAUCCAUUGAAAUCAUGAUUUCCUUUUGCCAUUAUGCUAAAAUAUUUUGGUCUGGAAAAUCAUCAUAAAAAUUCUUGAGUUUUAAAACAUGCAUGUUCAUCAGUCAUCAUACACCAAUCGUCUAGAGAUGGCACAGACCUUUUCCAAUUUAAAAAAAAAAUGGAACUGGCCUUCAGCUAGGAGUUACAUAUUAAAGCAGAAAUCCUGUACUUUUUACUUGUUGCUCAGAUGGGACAGUUUUAAUUAAAGCGUGGCUUGUUCUGCUAGGACUGCAGGCAUAAUAAAACCGAUUGUGUCAAACUAUCAAA